UAAUUGUCAAAUAAGAAAAAUCAAAAGUUAAAAAAUAUAUUAGGAUUAGUUACGUCUGGACAAGUUUUUGUUUAAAAUUAAAUGUAAUGUUUUAAUUCAAACUUGUCAUAUAACGGUUAAGACAUUAUGUCGCUGUACGAUGAUUUUGACAAACAUCGAACAUCCGAAAAGGUGGCUGGAUGGUCCUCUAGCAUUAAAUUAUUACAAUCUCAAUUACAAUUAAAAAAAGCGGCGACUACACAGCCGAAACGUGAACAAUAUAGGAAAGCUACAGCAGUAUUAGCACCUGUAAUAGACUUAAAAUCAAAAUCAAAUCGAAAUGUUGAUAGAGAUGAUGAUGGGCCACAUAGUAAUCCACUUUCCUCCAGUAGUGUUAGUAGUAUUGGAAUCGGUGGUGAAUUUGAUUGGAAUGUAAUAAAUGAGUACGAUCCUAUGUGGCCUAAUGAAUACGAUAAAGUUGUUAAAGAACUGAGAGAUUUACGCGAUAGGGAACACGAUCAAGAAACGGAGAUGCGUAAGAGAAGACGCGAUAGCUCACGUUUUGAAGAUACUCAAACUUCUUCGGGAAAUAACACAAUGAUACCUCCUGAGAGAGAUGAAGAAAGAACUCCAACAUCUAGAGGUAUUGCAGGUGGAGCAGCUAUAGCACCACCACCAUCUUUACAAGAACCUUCUGAUCUGCCACCUCCAGCACCAAGACAAACAACUAAUAUAGGAUAUGCGACAUCAUCUGUGGCAGCAAAAAUAAUGGCCAAAUAUGGUUUUAAAGAAGGUCAAGGGCUUGGUAAAAAAGAACAAGGAAUGUCCGUUGCCUUACAAGUAGAAAAAACUAGUAAAAGAGGUGGAAGAAUUGUUGGGGAAAGAGAACAACUUAUGCCUCCUCCACCACCCGUUGCUGUUUCUCCACCUCCGCCACAACAACCUUCAUUACUACAGCCCUCUGAAGAACCUAGUAUUACAGAAAUAAUGAAAUGCCCAAGCAAGGUUGUUCUACUGCGCAAUAUGGUUGGCCCUGGAGAAGUGGAUGAGGAUCUUGAACCUGAGGUUAAAGAUGAAUGUAAUACAAAAUAUGGUGAUGUUGCUCGUGUUAUUAUUCACGAAGUAACAGAAGCUGCUGCAGAAGAAGCUGUUAGGAUAUUUGUAGAGUUCAAAAGGAUAGAAAGUGCUAUUAAAGCUGUUGUUGAUUUGAAUGGACGCUUUUUCGGAGGAAGACAAGUAAAAGCAGGUUUUUAUUCUAGUGAAAAACUUGAUAAUUUACAACUAAUGGAUUAACUUUUUAUUGAACAACAUUACAUAAUUAAAUACAAAAAGAAAUGCUUUAAAUUAAUAUGUUGACCAUUAUGUAAUAAAUUGUACGACACCUAUGUUAUAAUUAACAUGAAAGAAAUCUACUUGAAGGUAAAUAUAUUAGAAACAUGAUCAGA